AUUUAAAGGUUAUAACGAAAAUAAAUAACAUUUUAUUUUAUUCACAGUUAAUUAUAAAAACUUAACAAUGGGUGAACGAAAGGGUGUAAACAAAUAUUACCCACCUGACUAUGACCCGCGAGUCGGGGGUCUCAACAAAUUCCUUGGUACCCAUGCCCUUAGAGAAAGAGCUAGGAAAAUCGACAAAGGGAUAAUUAUCAUACGUUUUGAGAUGCCCUACAAUAUCUGGUGCGAGGGCUGCAAAAAUCAUAUAGGUAUGGGUGUAAGGUACAACGCCGAGAAAACCAAAGUAGGAAUGUAUUACACUACACCUGUUUAUGAAUUUAAAAUGAAAUGCCACUUAUGUGAUAACCAUUUUGUGAUAAAAACAGACCCGGGUAAUUUGGACUAUGUGAUAUUGUCCGGAGCUCGAAGACAAGAAAAUAGAUGGGAUCCCACAAAAAAUGGACAAGUCGUUCCAGAAACCAAAGAAAUACAAAAAAGGUUAUUUGAUGAUUCUAUGUUCAAACUGGAACAUGGGAGUGAAGACAAAAAUACAGCAGAAAGUGCUAAACCUGGUUUAGUAAAAUUGUUCAAUAGAAAUGAAGAUGUUUGGGCAGAUUGUUAUACAGCUAAUCAGAUGCUAAGAACACAAUUCAGGAAAGCAAAUUAUGAUUUGAAGCAAAAAACAUCAGAUGAUCAACUAUUGCUUAAAAAAUCAAGUUUAGACAUUCCCCUUUUACCGGAAAGAGAAGAAGAUAAACGUUUAGCCAUCCUCUUGAGCAUGAAACUGCAACCUUCAAAAACCCUGUCGAAAAAUAUGGAAUCUAUAAGAAAUGAAAUAAUAUCACAAUCUUCUUUACCAACGAGCAAUUUUUCAAGAAGCAAAGAAGAUAAGGCCAUGAAGAUUUUGAAUCAGAGCAAAAAGGAUUUGGGUAUAAAAAGAAAGAGUGUUGUGGUGGAUGAAGAUCAUAAAAAGAUGAAAAUUGGACCCAAAGAAGAUCAAUCCAAUAUAAAUAAAAUAUGUGAAGGAAAUGUCACAUUAGAUGGGGAAAACCUAGAAAUUCGUUCUGGAUCUGUUAUACAGUUAUCAGAUAAACAUUCCCUAGCAACUGAAUGCCCUGAAAUAGCAAGUGAGUCAGGUUUAGACCAUGUCACAACUGAAUCAAACACCGAAGAACCAAAAUCAUUGCCUUCUACUUCUUUAGUUGGCGAUUAUGGAUCUUCAAGUGAUUCUGAACCAAACAAUUUUGAAUCAAUAGAAGUUGAGAGUCUGGACCAAUUCAGAUAAUGAAAUAGUGAAAUAUGAAAAGUAAAAAAGAUUUUUAACUCAAUCAUGAUAGGAAAGAUUGUUUUGAAUGUUCUAAUGAAUGUAUUAUUUGCUGGUCAUCUUAUAUCUUACAUGCCAGUUAAUAAUUAUGAAUAUGAAAUCUUUUGGUUAGGAUGUUGGAUUAUAUUUUCGAUUAUACAGACAUUAGAUACAUAAUCUUGCCUAUUUGUUGUUUGCAACAUGAAACUGGAACAGUGUUUAGAAAGAGAUAAUGUCCUAUCUACAAUUUGAUUAGAAUAUUUUGGGAGAUCUAUACAGAUUUUGGCUACAUUUCAGAGAAAAUGAAGAUCAGUUACUUGUUAAUUAUUGUAAUUCUUGUAUUAUAAACAAAUGUUGGGGUAAUAUGUGAU